AUGAUGAAAAUUCAAAAAAUAUAUAUUAAAGAAUGUAAAAAUUGGAUAGACUACAAUAUUGAAAAUUCAAAGCAAAUGAUUUAUAAAGGAUGCUUGAUUUUAUCACAUGAAGUGGAAUAUGUAAAUAAAAAAUCAAGAAAGCAUUUCCUAAAUAUUUGUAAAAUACUUUGA